UGACUCCCGUGAACUGCGCUUCUCGCGCACAAUGAUCUUCGCCAUCGAGGAGAUCAACAAGAGCACGAAGCUGCUGCCCGGCAUCAAACUCGGUUAUCAGAUCUACGACUCGUGUGAGUCUGCGCCUGUUGCUCUGCAUGUGGCAUUCCAGCUUUUAAGCAGUCUGGACCCGGCGUUUUACGCAGGGGACAAUUGCUCUCAGUCGGGUAAAGUGAUGGGUGUCGUUGGUGACUCCGGGUCCACGCCAUCCAUCAGCAUGUCGCGCAUCAUCGGGCCCUUCAACAUUCCGCUGGUUAGUCACUUUGCCACCUGUGCAUGCCUGUCUGAUAAGCAACAGUACCCCAGUUUCUUCAGAACCAUCCCGAGUGACCAGUUCCAGGCUGACGCGCUGGCAAAGCUGGUCAAACACUUUGGUUGGACUUGGAUAGGUGCUAUCCGGUCGGAUUCCGAUUAUGGGAACAGUGGCAUGGCGUCUUUCCUGGACGCAGCGCACAAAGAGGGGAUCUGUGUGGAAUAUUCUGAAUCUUUCUAUCGGACCAACCCGCGAAGCAGGAUCCAGAGAGUAGCUGACAUCAUCCGCAGGUCGACAGCUGUGGUUAUUGUGGCAUUUAUGUCGCCUGGAGAACUGAGGAUUCUGCUGGAGGAGCUGUCGCUGAAGCCCUCUCCACCACGCCAGUGGAUAGGCAGCGAAUCCUGGGUAACUGACCCAAACAUGCUGCAGUUCGGUUUCUGCGCUGGCGCAAUCGGAUUUGGCAUUGAGCGAUCUGUCAUCCCAGGUCUGAGAGACUUCCUGCUGGAUCUCCCUCCAUCUGAAGUUGCAGCUACUCAGAUUCUGACUGAGUUCUGGGAGGAACAGUUCAACUGCAGGCUGGAAAAAAGAGUCUCAGACAAGAACGUGUGUGAUGGAACUGAAGACAUAGAGAAGAUCCAGAGCCCAUACUCUACAGCUCCGUUCAGAAUCACUAACAUGGUGUACAAGGCUGUUUAUGCUAUAGCACAUGCCGUUCAUAAUGCAGUGUUUCAGGAAACACAUUCUAUGUGUGACAACCUCACCAGCAUAGAGAUCAAAGAGGUUCUAAAUCAGUUGAAGAAAGUUAAAUUCUCCCAGAAUGGUUAUGAUGUGUCAUUUGAUGCCAAUGGGGACCCUGUGGCCACAUACGAGCUGAUUAACUGGCAGGAAAAUUCCCCUGAUUGCUUCCCUUGCCCCAAGGAAUUCUGGCCUAAUGCAAAGAGAAACAAUUGUCUCCCCAAGCCUGUAGAGUUUCUUUCCUUCAACGAGGGCCUUGGGAUCAUCCUGUGUGCAUUCUCAGUUGGAGGUGCCUGUCUUGCUGUCCUAACAGCGGCUGUGUUCCACCGUCAUAGGACAUCCCCGAUUGUCAGGGCCAACAACUCUGAGCUGAGCUUCCUGCUGCUCUUCUCUCUGACUCUGUGUUUCUUGUGCUCAUUAACUUUCAUUGGAGCCCCCUCUGACUGGUCCUGCAUGCUGCGUCACACAGCAUUUGGGAUCACCUUCGUCCUCUGUAUGUCUUGUGUUCUUGGAAAAACGAUAGUCGUGUUAAUGGCGUUCAAAGCCACUCUCCCGGGUCAUAAUGUCAUGAAAUGGUUUGGUCCUCCACAGCAAAGAAUGACCGUAGUGUCUUUUACCUUCAUUCAAGUCGUAAUAUGUACCCUUUGGUUGGUUCUUAGUCCUCCUUUUCCAAGGAAAAACCUAACCACGUACAAGGAGAAAAUCAUCCUGGAGUGUGCACUGGGCUCAAUUAUUGGGUUCUGGGCGGUGCUCGGGUACAUCGGCCUGCUGGCUGUCUUUUGCUUUGUGCUAGCUGUCCUAGCCCGGAAACUACCUGAUAGUUUUAAUGAAGCCAAGCUGAUCACGUUCAGCAUGCUGAUAUUCUGUGCAGUCUGGGUCACCUUUAUCCCAGCAUAUGUCAGCUCUCCUGGUAAAUUUACUGUGGCUGUGGAGAUAUUUGCCAUUCUGGCCUCCAGUUUUGGACUCAUGUUGUGUAUUUUUGCACCAAAGUGUUUCAUCAUAUUGUUUCAGCCGGAGAAAAACACAAAGAAAUAUUUAAUGAACAAAACUUAAUGCUAGAUUAUCUGACAAUCGAACGGAUUUUUACUCAAAUUAUUAAAGUCAAAAAGGGGAAACAAAGAGAUCUGGUUUCUUAUGUGCGUUCUCGGCUAAAAACACAUUAACGUCCAUUUUGAUAAAUGUACCCACUGGCACAAUGUAA